GCCCGAGCUCGCGCGUCUCCACAUUCAGUCCGGUGUGUGGAGAGCCGCCGGUGCCUCUCCGGAGCGCGCGCGGCGCAACUAUUCCGGGAUUGUUUUUGCGCGCCGUUUUUGUUCGAAUCGAGAUAGUUUGGGAUUUAUUUGCGAGCGCGAUGAGCAGCGCUUACCUUUCGAGCAUGAGAAAAUCGCGUCACCAGAGCGCACUGGCGGCGUUUCUGUGCGUCGGUGACACGACCUAACGCGCGAAGUCUGGAAGCACUAACCUGGCUGUCAGAAAGAUGGACUCAGAAUGGGUGUAAGUCAGUCCAAUGCAACGAAAGAGGAUGCCAACAUCACCGUCGCCUCGUGGCCGUACGCGGAGACGGCCGCCGCGUUCAUCAUCCUCGUGGUUUCCGUCAUCAUUCUGGUCACCAUUGUUGGGAACGUUCUGGUCAUCGUGGCGGUGCUGACCAGCCGCGCUCUCCGCGCGCCGCAGAACCUCUUCCUCGUGUCGCUCGCGUGCGCGGACAUCCUCGUGGCCACGCUGGUGAUCCCGUUCUCCCUCGCCAACGAGAUCAUGGGAUACUGGUUCUUCGGCAGCACCUGGUGCGCGUUCUACCUGGCUUUGGAUGUUCUGUUCUGCACGUCGUCCAUCGUGCAUCUGUGCGCCAUCAGUUUGGAUAGGUACUGGUCCGUCACCAAAGCGGUGAGCUACAACCUGAAGCGAACUCCGAAGCGCAUCAAGUCCAUGAUCGCGGUGGUGUGGGUCAUCUCAGCCGUCAUCUCGUUCCCACCUCUCAUCAUGACCAAGCACGGCGAGAAGGAGUGUUUAAUAAACGACGAGACCUGGUACAUCCUCUCCUCGUGCCUGGUGUCGUUUUUCGCGCCGGGGUUCAUCAUGAUCACGGUGUACUGCAAAAUCUACCGCGUCGCCAAGCAGCGUUCGUCCACGGUGUUCGUGGCCAAGAACGGGCUGGAGAGGCAGCCCUCCCAGUCCGAGACGUGCUUCGUGAGGAAGGACAAGUUUGAGAAGGAGUCCCCGAGCAGCAACAGCUCGGAAAGCAACCAGAGACAGGAGGAGCUGGACGAUAUCGACCUGGAGGAGAGCGCGACGUCCGACAACAAACCCAAGAGCUCGCGCUUCUCCAAGCGCAGGCGGGUGGACGGCGCGCGCUGCUGCCCUCAGAGGACCUGCCGCAUCUCCUGGGUUUCCAAUCAGGAGCAGAGCAGCAAACAGCUCGCGGUGGCGUCGAAAACCAAAGUGGCUCAGAUGCGGGAGAAGCGCUUUACCUUCGUCCUGGCCGUGGUCAUGGGGGUGUUUGUCCUCUGCUGGUUCCCUUUCUUCUUCACCUACAGUCUCCAGGCCAUCUGCGGGCAGAGCUGCGAGCCGCCCGAGGCGCUUUUCAAGCUCUUCUUUUGGAUUGGUUACUGCAACAGCUCAGUGAACCCCAUCAUUUACACGAUUUUCAACAGGGACUUCAGAAAGGCCUUCAAGAAAAUCGUUUGCUUGACUGCGCAGCGCACCUGAGAGACGCGUUACGCACGAAUGUCAUCAGACAUCUGCAAACUAAUUAUGGCCUAAUUAGAACUCGUUUCUUCAAACAUCAAACAUGUUUUCGUGUCCAAAUUAUUUUUGCUACUUUUUAAAUUCAUUUUAAC